AUGGAGAACCCUGAGGCCGCCGUCAACGGGAGCUCCUCCGCUUCGAACCCGACCGCUGCCUGCCUGGGCGGUUUCCGCAAAGGCGCGAGGAGAAUGUGUGAUUCUGAGGAGAAACCGCUGACAGAUUCUAAGGCGGCGGCGGCGGCGGCGGCGGAGGAGCAGUCGCCGCGCCCGCGCUCUCCUCCUCAGCCGCCGGCGCGGUUGUCGUCUUCGGGUUCCGAGGAAGCGGUGCCGGACCACGCGGAAGGUCCACAGCACUUGCCGCCGCCGCCGCCGCCCCCCCACCGGCGGCCGCAUCACCACCACCACCACCGCCGCCACCAUUCCCCACUUCUUAACGCUUCUCCCCCACAGAGGCGGCGCCGGCGCCGCAGCAACCGCCUCCUGCUCCUCGACCCCGGCGCCGCCGCCGCCGCGCUGAUGGACGCGGGCGGCGCUGCCGGGCUGCUCUACCCGCCGUUGGGCCGCUGCGCCGUGGCCGAGCGCCGCAAGCGAGCCCGCGGCUCGGGCAGCGGGCUGAGCGGCGGAGGCAUCUCGGCUUCCUCCUGUAUCGGCCGCAGUUACGAGGUCGUCCGCGAGCUGGGAGCCGAGGAGGUGCGCUGGUUCUACCGCGAGGACCGCAAGGGCUGGAAGCCGUUUAUCGGCUACGACUCGCUGCGCAUCGAGCUGGCCUAUCGCGCCCUUCUGGUGGGGGUGGUUGACGACCAGGCUUCUUCGCCCGGCCCCACAGGUGGGCCCGAGAAACUCGCGCCUUCUCCGAGCAUCCUGAGCCCUGAGCCGGUUUGUGUCCGGGGAGGCCUCUACGAGGUGGAUGUGGUCCACGCCGAGUGCUAUCCGGUUUAUUGGAACCAAUCUGAAAAGAUUCCUGUGAUGCGUGGACAAUGGUUUAUUGAUGGCACUUGGCAACCACUAGAAGAAGAAGAAAGUAAUCUAAUAGAACAGGAACAUCUCCGCUGUUUCAAGGGGCAACAGAUGCAGAACUUUGACACAAAUGUGUCAAAACCUAUAGAUAGAAAAGAGGCUGUUCAUAGUUUGAAGCUGAGUCGCAAUCAUGUGGAUUGGCACAGUGUCGAUGAGGUAUAUCUGUAUAGUGAUGCAACAACUUCAAAAAUUGCAAGAACAGUUUCUCAGAAGCUAGGUUUUUCUAAAGCUUCAAGUAGUGGGACCAGACUUCAUAGAGGCUAUGUUGAAGAAGCUACAUUAGAAGACAAGCCUUCUCCAACAACUCACAUUGUAUUUGUUGUGCAUGGCAUUGGACAGAAAAUAGAGCAAGGAAGGAUUAUAAGGAAUACUGCCAUGAUGCGGGAAACUGCAAGAAAAAUUGAAGACAAAUAUUUUAGCAACCUUGCAACACAUGUUGAAUUCUUGCCAGUGGAAUGGCGAUCUAAACUUACACUUGAUGGAGACACUGUUGACUCUAUUACUCCAGAUAAAGUUCGUGGACUAAGGGAUUUACUUAACAGUAGUGCAAUGGACAUAAUGUAUUACACAAGUCCCCUCUAUAGAGAUGAGCUGGUAAAAGGCCUUCAGCAAGAGAUGAAUCGUUUGUACACACUUUUCUGUUCCCGGAAUCCAGAAUUUACAAAAAAAGAAGGAAAGGUGUCUAUUGUAUCACAUUCCUUAGGUUGUGUGAUUACGUAUGAUAUCAUGACAGGAUGGAAUCCAGUCAGGCUCUAUGAACAGUUACUUGAGAAGGAAUAUGAUGUUCUGGAGCACUCUUGGAUGACCUAUGAGGAGCAGCGUUUGCUAGAAGAGUUUUACUUAACCAAGAAACAGUUGAGGGAGAUAGAAGAUAGAUUGCAUGGACUAAAGACAUCAACUGUAGCCGAAACACCUGCCUUAAAAUUCAAGGUGGACAAUUUCUUCUGUAUGGGAUCUCCAUUAGCAGUGUUUUUGGCCUUGCGUGGCAUCCGUCCAGGAAACAGUGGAACUCAAGAUCACAUUCUACCCAGAAAAAUUUGUAACCGGUUGCUAAACAUUUUUCAUCCAACAGAUCCAGUGGCCUAUAGACUAGAACCUUUAAUUCUGAAGCACUACAGUAAUAUUUCUCCUGUGCAGAUACAUUGGUAUAACACCACAAAUCCACUACCUUACGAACACAUGAAGCCAAGUUUUCUCAAUCUAGCAAAAGAAUCUACCUCUGUUUCUGACCCUGAAUCUCUCACAACAUUACCCAGUCCAACAACAUCCCCUGUCAUGUCUCGGCGGCAUUAUGGGGAGUCCAUAACAAAUAUAGGCAAAGCAAGCAUAUUGGGGGCAGCUAGCAUUGGGAAAGGCCUCGGAGGGAUGCUGUUCUCGAGAUUUGGACGUUCCAAUCUGCCCACCUCACAAGUGCCUGAGCCAGGAAAAGAAGGAACAGAAGCGGAGGACAAGAAGCCAGUUUUGAGUCAAACAUCAGUCGGGACUCAGACUUUUCCACACAGCAGUUCUGGCUUCCUAGAUCCAACAAUUGAGCUGGACCACAGGAUCGACUUUGAGCUCAGGGAAGGCCUGGUGGAAAGCAGGUACUGGUCUGCCGUUACAUCGCAUACAGCUUACUGGUCAUCAAUGGACGUCGCUCUCUUCCUUCUUACCUUCAUGUACAAGCAGGACCAAGGGGAGGAUAACAUCAAGCCCCACUUAGAUCCUGUUUGAUUAGGGAUAGGGCAGAAAUUAGGGAGGAGUGGGAAGGGGAGAAAGGAUGAAACAUGACAAUUGGCACAAAAACAGUCAGACAACAUCUGUUUUUAAGGCAUGGUGGUUUCAGUUUAAAUGCAUGUCUGAUUUCCUUCCUUCCGAGGUUAUUUGUCCUUCAAUGCACAUAUCCAUUUCUGUGCUAAUUGAGGCCUUCUUGAAAGAUCAUUCUCAGCUCCCACCCUUCCAGCUUUCAAACAAGCCAGCAGUAGUUGUUUUAGCAUCCAUGUAGAAUAACAUCUUUGCAGAUUAACAUAUCUGUUUAAGAGUAGCUGCUUUUUUUUUUAAAUACAGAGGUUAAUCUGUUACAAUGGAAUUUGUUUUCAUUUAAGAGAAAUGCCUGCAGAUCUAAAAGAGCCAUGUUCUGUGUCCUUUGUAUGGGUUAAAUUAAGAAGCAAAUGGGUACCGUUGCCCUCGAUUGCAUUGAAACUCCAUCAUGUAAGUGGCAGAUACAAAGGGUAUAACACAACUCAUUCCAUGUACUAAACUGGCAAGCAGUCCUUUGGAAAUAUUGUAACAAUAAUUUAUUAUUACCUCUUACUAUUUGUUUUCUCCAAUGUAUUAAAAAUGUUAGUUUUCUACAGUUUUUUCCCUUUUGUUUUCUUUGAAGCAGAGGAACACUAAAAAAAAAAUCACAUUUAUUUUCUACAGUGUUAAGACUUUAUUCCUCAGAUGACAUAUGUCAUACCUUUGUACUAUUUCAAUGGAGCUAUGGACACUGGCACACUUUUCAGUA